GGGAACGCUGCUUCAACAACAAGCAGAACCCGCAAUAUGGCCGACCUAGGUAAGAAGUACUGCGUUUACUGUCUGGGCGACGUGACAAAUCUGCGGCUCCGCUGCACCGAAUGCCAGGACGUAGAGCUAUGCCCAGAGUGCUUCUCUGCAGGAGCCGAAAUCGGCAACCACCGGCGAUGGCACGGGUAUCUGUUGGUGGAUGGUGGGCGCUUUACUCUAUGGGGUCCAGAAGCGGAGGGAGGCUGGACCAGCAGGGAAGAGCAGUUGCUGCUCGAUGCAAUCGAGCAGUAUGGCUUUGGGAACUGGGAGGACAUGGCGGCACACGUGGGGGCCUCCCGCACUCCUCAGGAGGUGAUGGACCACUAUGUCAGCAUGUACAUCCACGGCAACCUGGGCAAAGCCUGCAUCCCAGACAGCAUCCCCAACCGGGUGACGGACCACACAUGCCCGAGCGGUGGACCCCUCUCCCCGAGCUUGACCACCCCACUACCGCCCCUCGACAUCUCCAUUGCUGAGCAGCAGCAGCUGGGCUACAUGCCCCUACGGGACGACUACGAGAUUGAGUACAGCCAGGACGCGGAGACGCUGAUCAGCGGCCUCUCGGUCAACUACGACGACGACGACGUGGAGAUCGAGAUGAAGCGCGCCCACGUCGACAUGUACGUGCGCAAGCUGAAGGAGCGGCAGCGGCGCAAGAACAUCGCCCGAGACUACAACCUGGUGCCGGUCUUCCUGGGCCGGGACAAGAAGGAGAAGGAAAAAGACAAACCAGUGAUGGGCACCGGAGCGCCUCCUAUGACUCCCAUUACAGCGUUGCUUGGGACCAAGCGCAAGAUCACCAAGGAGGAGAAGGAGCAGAGGCUUAAGCUGCGGCCGCUCUAUCAGUUCAUGGCCUGCCGGGAGCUGGAGGAAUUCUUUGAGAACUUGCACAAGGAGCGCGUGCUGCGGGCCAAGAUCCGGGAGCUGCAGCGUUACCGGCGUUGUGGCAUCACCAAGCUGGAGGAGACGGCUGAAUACGAGGCAGCCAGACACAAGCGGGAGAAGCGCAGGGAGAACAAGACGAUGGCCCUAUCCAAGCGAGGAGGGGCCGCAGGGGGAGGAGGUGGCGGUGGGUGUGGUGGUGGGGGGGGUGGAGGAGGAGGCAAGGAAGAGGGCAAGGACAGCGAGUUUGGGGCCAUUGAGAACCUCUCUGGCUUCGAACUGCUCUCUGACCGCGAGAAGGUGCUCUGCAACUCCUUGAACCUCAGCCCCACGCGCUACCUGACUGUGAAAACCAUCAUCAUCAGGGACCACCUGCAGAAGCGCCAGGGCAUUCCCGCCAAGAGCCGCCUCCCCAGCUUCCUGGACAAGGUCCUCAAAAAGAGGAUUUUGAACUUUCUCACAGAGAGUGGCUGGAUUUCUAGGGAUGCCUCGUGAUUGUCUAGCUUGUAGGAUUUCAGCUCGUACAUUUUUUUUUGUUUUAUUAUUAUUUUUUUACAAAAUAUUUAACUUUUUUUUUCAGUGACUUCCAUGUGUUUCAAAUGGGCCAAGUAACUGUUUUAUUUAUUUUGUAUGUUUGUUUUUUUUAUUAUACGUGAAUCACUUGGGAUUGCUAUUUUUAUACACUCUGACAAAAAUGGGCAUUUAUGCAAUUAACCUUGCCCUGCCUCCCCCCCCAUCUUGAGAAAAAGAGCUUUUAUAUAAACAAAAAGAAAAAGUUGCCUAAGAGAAAGUAGACAGUUGUGUGUUGUUGCUGAAAGUCACAAUUGUGAAUUUCUACAUGAUGGCAAACGUCAGUGCAAAAGGACCGUCUGUGCUUUUAGUUGUGUUGACAUUGCGACUCUAAACUAGUAACAUAAAGGACGUCCAGAAAAAAUCAAAACUUUUAAUUGGUAAAACCAGGAUAUUUACAUACCUUUACACAAACAGCACCCGUUUUCACUGUGCAAAAACAAAUCACAAAUUACAAACAUCAUGCUGUAGAUGUAUGAAUUACACCGUCAUAUGUCAUAAUUACAUUUACUGGCUACUCACUGGCUACUAGCAGUACUCAACCAAAUUUGACUGGCAUAUCCCAAGGCUGAUCUUGGUAUUUCCAUCUGUGAAUAUGUUUAUAGCUUCUGUGUGUGAUUGUUAUUACAGGCUAGUUAGUGAGUGGGAUUGCUGUAUAUUUUGUUAAGGGAAAAAAACAAACCGAAAAAACCAAACAUUUUUUUUAGGUCCUUUAGCUCUCUGUGUUCUGAUUAAGUGAAGUCAUUUGCAUGUAUAAUGUAGAUUUAACAGUUCUGUAGUUGUUUUUAUUCUUGAUGUGAUCUGUAGUAUAUUCACAACUACAGUAAACCCUCAUUAUUACUCUGACGUGAAUUUCACAUCAGAAGGCAUUAUACACUACUGUUUGGAACACAGUCGUUACAACUGUAAUCAGUAUUGUUGCUGCACGGUAUUUGUUUUAGUCAUUUAUCAGGACCCCAGCUUGUAUAAUGCACUGUGUGCAUGUGGGAAGAAUCAAAGUUUGUGCAGUUCUGGAACAGGAAUUUUACAGUGCAGUAACUAUAGAAACAGAACGUGAAGCUUAAAUUAAUCCACGCAGAACAUUGGAGAUGAAUGGUUUAACCUUUUUAAAAAACAUAUUCUUACAAGGGUUUACCCUAACACUGGAUUUCUGAAGUUGCUUUAAAGCACUGCUCUAAUGUGUAUCUGCAUUACAGAAACAAAUGAAGCAUACAUUCAGUGUAGCAGCAUGAAUGAAAAGAAGGCUAUUUUAGUAAUAUCUGUGUUUAUAUGAUGAUCAAACUGACCAAAGUGUAACAUCAUCCAUUGUUUUCCAGUUUUACUGCUGGGUACGAUUUAAGCAUAGAGAAGUCGGGUGACUUGACUUUGAGUGAGCUUGUGGUUGGGCUGGGAUUAUCUGGUUGUUGGUUUUAACCAAUAGACCAAAGCACACAUCCUAUCAAUAUCAGCAGAAACAGUUAAUAAAACAGAAUAAAAUGUGAAGACCAGUGGAGAGCAGCCACUGAGUUGAUCAGGCAUUGUGUCUGUGCAGCAUAGUAGUAAUACCUUUGCGCUCCCUUGUGCAAUAUUCCUUCAGGCUGAGGACAAAAUGAGAGCUACUGUGCUGCUAAUACAUAUGCACAUAAAUAGAAGCAUACUUGGCAAGAGAAAUUGUUCAAUCACUGCUGCGACUUUGAAUGGCCUUCUUUGAGCACGUUAACAAGGAGCGCCUGCUGUUCUUGCAUACAUGAGUUAGGAUUUGGGAAAUCCUUGUUGGUUUAUUUCUGUCCAAGUAUAGCCUCAAAAGGAAUGAACCUGCAUCAAUUGUUGCAUCUGCCGUACACCGACUAUAACAUUGGCCAGAAUACAGUUUACUGUCUGUGGCUCUUUUGGGAUCUUUACAAUGUAUCAUUAUGAUAAGUGAUGAAACAGUAAUGGUCACUUUUGACUGGAAGGCAGCAAUUUUAUUAUUUUCAGCAGUCAUAGCAAAAGAAAAAAACCCCAAAACAUUUAAAUGCAAAUGAGGCCAUUUGUUUAGUAUAAAAAUACAAAUAUCAGUGUUUUUGACAUCUGCUUUGUAUAUUUGUGGGAUAAACAAGACUAAAUGUAUAUUUUUUUGGUAGAAUGCACUAGCCGUUCGGCAUAGAUUAUCUGUUUGCAUGAUCGUGGCACCAUUUAAAAGUCGAUGUGUAUGUAAAGCUUUAAAUCAGCUUUCUUGGUGCUAUGUAUGUUUAAUUUAUUUUUGAGUCCUGAAUUCAUCUUCUGAAUUUUGAGUCUCGCACCAUUAAAAACUGAAACGGUACAACAGCGGUAUAUCUAAAUCUACAUGAAGGUGGGUAGGUGAUUUGCAAGUGAACACUGGAUGAAUGUUAAGAAUUAAGGGUUCAUACGCAGCAUCAGUUUAAUGGGAUGCCUGGUGUCUUCUAAACCGGAUAUAAAGUUGAAUCCACAGAGGUGAACGAUGGAGUGUAAACUUUGCUGCACACCUCCUGAGUUUUAACUAUUUGUAAACAUUUCAAGACAGUGCUUUCACAAGCUGCAUGAUUUUGAUUUAUGCUAUAAUUAUAGCAAAGCCAACAGUCAAUGAUUGAAUGCAAGCAACAGCCGCUUUACACUAAUGAGGCCUUCAAAGUAAAAAAUAUUUUAGUCUAAAGAAAAAAUAAAUCUAUUUUCCAAAAACUGAUUGAUUUAAAAAAAUAAA